AUGAAGGGUAGAUCGAUAUCUGAGGGCUUGAAGCGAGUUGCGGCGGAAGAACUGAACGAAGAUCCCAAGAAAAUUCCUUUUUAUAUAAAGGCCAUAAGAGAUUGGUUGCAAGAGCAGCCUCAUUUGCGUUCGAUUAAAGCUUCGGAUCAGUGGCUGAUCGGAUUCCUACGCGGGAGCAAAUAUAAUUUAGAUAAAUGUAAAAAGAAACUGGAUAAGUAUUAUACUUUGAAAUCGGCCGCUCCAGAGUUCUUCAAAAAUCGAGACCCAUUAGAUCCGUCAAUGCAAGCGAUGCUAAAGGCGGGAAUAUUCUUACCUCUAAGGAAUUGCGUCACAGAAGACGGCCCUCGGCCUUGUUUAGUCAGAAUGUCGGAACAGUAUAAAUCUAAAAGACCUUUAUCUGAUCUCAUAAAGAUCAGUUUUAUGUUUGCUGAAUUAAUGCUCUUGGAAGAUGACAACUUUAACAUCGCGGGGCAGAUAGUUCUGGUGGAUCUAAGCGAUACUGGUUUAACUUUAUUGACACAGUUCAGUCCUAGUGUUGCGAGGAAGACAUUUUUGUACGCGGAAAGGGCUCUGACAGUUCGCAUGAAAAGCAUUUAUGUGUUGAACAUGUCACGUGGCUUAAAGGCUACCCUGAACGUUAUCAAGAUGUUGCUGGGACAGAAAAUAAGAAAUAGGGUACAAAUGUACGAUGAGAAUUACGGAAAAUUAUACAAUUACGUACCAGAAUCAAUAUUGCCAGCCGAGUAUGGAGGUGAUAUGGGUGACGUCCAAGAACUAACAGAUUACUGGAAAACGAAAAUGGAAAGCUAUAGAAGCUGGUUUUUACUGCAAGAUGAAAAUUUUGAAAAGGUUACGGCAAACAUCAUCACUCCCAGUCCUUCACCAACUGCGACAGAAAACAACGAAGAAAAUCGAACAUUUCGACGAUUAGAGUUAGAUUAAAAAGUAAUUUACCAAUUAUAAUGCCUACAACUGGAGUAGUAUUAAGCAUCCUCAAAGUCAAUCCAUUUUUACCUCGGUAAAAAACGCGUUGGUUGGAUUGUGUUGCGUUGGUGGAGGGGGAUUUUUCGAGCCUCACUGUGAGUAAAUUAAACGGGCGUGGUAAUUCGCCGUUGGGCAACGCUACAGGACUCUUCCCUGAAAGUUUUCCAUCGAUACCAGAACUAUCAGGCCGGAACAUUUCCGAUCCUGCGGACCGAAUGGUAAACAGUCGAUGUCAC